GCUGGUGCCGGGGGGAAGGUUGUAGUGCGGCGCUCCAUUGCGCUCGUGCUGAGUUCCGCGUGGGCGCCCCCGCCCCGAGCUGAGUUCCUCGUGGGCGCCGCCCGCCCCGGCACAGCCGUGACCGGACAGCGAGGUUUCUCGAGACUCCUCGCAUCCGGAUGAUUGUAAAGUGCUGAUCAGUGGCCACUGAAUAUAAUUGAAACAGAAUAGGAAGAUGGCAGCAAAUCCUUCAGGACAAGGUUUUCAAAAUAAAAAUAGAGUUGCGAUCUUGGCUGAACUGGACAAAGAGAAAAGAAAAUUACUUAUGCAGAACCAAUCUUCAGCAAGUCACCCUGGAGCUAGCAUCUCCCUCUCCAGACCCUCUCUUAACAAGGACUUCCGGGACCAUGCUGAGCAGCAGCACAUUGCAGCCCAGCAGAAGGCAGCUCUUCAGCAUGCUCACGCACAUUCGUCUGGAUAUUUCAUAACUCAAGACUCGGCAUUUGGGAAUCUUAUCCUUCCUGUCUUACCGCGCCUUGACCCAGAAUGAAGAAAGUACCUAUGAUCAGAGGGACCUUGUAGUUAGUAUCAGAUGUCAAAGCUCUCAUUGGGCUCUAUACAAGCUCUGACUUUGAGGACUUUGGGGAAUUUAGUUUUCUGUUUUUUUAAAGAAAGGAAUAAGUGAGAAUGAAGAAAGAAGGGAAGCUGGGAUGCUGAACGCGGUAUGGUUGGCGGAAUUGGUUGUGCUUCCUGUGACUUACUUUUUUGUAUUACCAUUUGACUCUUUAUUCUCAGACUUAGAAUUGCUUAUUUUCAUAAAAUCUUCACCACCUUCAAGAAGGUGGCCCGAAUGUCUCACUCAUGAAGCCCUGGAUCUGACCCCAGCACUGCACAAACAAGCUCUGAUACGCAUUCCGGUAAUCUUGGCACUGGAGAAACAGGCAGGAAGAUCAGAAGUUCAAAACCAUCCUUGCUUAGGUAGUGAUUUUUGAGGCCAGUCUGAGGUAUAGGAAACUGCCUCAAAAAACAAAAUACCAAAACCAAACAAGGACCAUUUAUAGUCCUAACUUUAAAGAAAUGAGGGUGCUAUUUAAAAAUGUGAACAAUAGUCUUACAUUACAAACAUACUUUUGGUUUCUUGUGUUCAGAAGCAACAUAUGUAGAAAUACUCUGAGCUAUAACUCGUUCUCCUAUUCUGAAUGUUAAAACUCCAAAUAAGACUAAAUUAUCAACCAAUCUUUGUUUUUCAAUAAAUGAUGUGACUAAAUACU